AGCACAUCCGCCCAACUCUGAAUUACGCGUGUGUCUCGGAAACCCCCUGUCGGCAUAUUCUGGCGUGUUUCCCUCUCCAGUUCAGACUCGUCUCCCAGACCGGCCCGGUUAAACGGAGGAUGGAUGACAGAGUGAAGUAUAAAACAGCCACGUCGGCCGUCUGCCGGCUAAUCUUCGUCUCUCUUCGAUGAGGAGAAUUACUUCCAUCCCUAAACAGCUCCUUCGCCCACGUCAACAUGCGGCCAGUGGCUUCCCUGCCUCUCUUUGUUGCCGCAGCAGUAGCACAGGCGACUGCAGGGCCAUACGGUCAAUGCGGAGGCAUAGGCUACUCGGGGCCUAGUGCCUGCGGCUCGGGAUACGGCUGCACGACUUACAACCCAUACUACGCCCAAUGCUACCCCGGGGUCGUCGACACGCCCACUUCAACCCCGUCCUCUACCUCAACCUCCUCGCCGCGCACCACAUCCACCACCCGCACAUCCACCAGCACCACCACCACCAUCCGGGAUUCACCCACCACCACAACCAGAACAACCCCCACCAGCGGCAGCGCAGCAACCCCCACAACGCUCGAACCAGGCUGGUAUUGGAUCCGCGGCGUCGCCUCCCCUUACUUCCACAGUUACCUGCAAGCCGUCGUGCCCACCGCCGCCACCACCUCCUCCCCCUCACCGUCAACAAAUGCAAUGCUUUCCAAACCCGCCAACGCCGGCCAAUUCAACAUCGUCUCAGGCCAGCUGGUAUGGCACCGCUUCAGCGGGCAGCCGCCACUCUACAUGCACGUCGAGAACCCAGCCGACAAGACGCAGCGCAAGCUUCGGACGUGGUUCGAGGCGUCGCAGAACACGUACGGCUCGUUUGCCUUUCAGGGGGAUACGCUUACGUGGAGCGUGAGUGACAUCAACAGGCCGAAUAACGCGGCGUGGUUGGUGUGUGCCGGGGAUGAGCUGUUUGUGAAUACCGGGGCGUUUCUGUAUCAGACGCCUGCGGGGUGCUUUGAUCAUACGAUUCAUUCUUAUGGGGGCUCGACGGCGGAUGUCUGAUACACUUAGCAGUCGCGGGAAGAGGGGUAUGUCCCGGGCUACCUUUAGUGGUUCUUCACCAAGCAGGACUUGAAAGGAAACUCAUACUCCCAUAGUUGCGUAAAGUGGGGGUGUGGUAAAUAUACAGCUAACGUUAUCCUCUCUGUCGUCUACGACCGCCUUGGACAGAUCAUAAUAUUAAAGAAGAGAAGCCUUUU